GCCACUUUGCCCCUGGGGGGACCGAGCAGCUUUGUUCUUGGGCAGCAGCUGGGCCGGCUGCCGCCGCAGUCCUCCCGGAGGACCUGUCUCCCCUUUCCUUAUUUUUGUGUUUCUCCAGCACUUUCUGUUUUAUUUGCUAAGUUCCAAGCCUUACCUUUUCACUGGAUUUCUUUAGUUGCUGGUUUUUAAAGGGAGCUCUUUCUUGGGACCCCUGGCCUGGGGGAAGCCCCCAGACUGAUUGCCAAGUCUCGUCUGGAGAUCGAGGUUGCUACCUUUGGAGGGAGGGUGAGGGGGUUUGCUGGCCUGUGACCCACGCCCUAAACCCCCACCCCCAGGAGGGGGCUGCCUGGGGCUGGCUGCUUCUCUGGACCCUGCUUCCAGUGGAUUCCCGCCCGCCCUGGACUGGAACCUUAGCUGGCAUCCCUUUGAGCUUCUCCCCUGCCAGGACGGCCCGCUGUGUGCCUGUCAGGAUUCCAGGCACGGAGGAAGACAGACCAGAGACACGAGUCUAAGGAGCUCAGUGGAAAAGACAGGCCAAUAAGUAGGGCAUGUUCCAGUAGAUUCUAACGGCGUCUCUUCCCGGCCGAGAAAUGCAUGUUCCCCAGCGUGGGAGAGCCGUGGCCAGCCUGCGAGGGAACGCCGUGGCCUGCCUCCUCUGGAUGUUGCUGCUGUGGCGUGGGGACGGCUGUCAGGCCCAGAGGGCAGGUUGCAAGACGGUCCACUAUGACCUGGUCUUCCUCUUGGACACCUCCUCCAGCGUGGGCAAGGAGGACUUCGAGAAGGUCCGGCAGUGGGUGGCCAACCUGGUGGACACCUUCGAGGUGGGCCCCGACCGCACCCGCGUGGGGGUCGUGCGCUACAGCGACCGGCCCACCACGGCCUUCGAACUGGGCCUGUUCGGCUCCCGGGAGGCUGUCAAGGCGGCGGCGCGGCACCUGGCCUACCACGGCGGCAACACCAACACGGGCGACGCCCUGCGCUUCAUCACGCGCCACAGCUUCUCCCGGCAGGCCGGUGGCCGCCCCGGGGACCGCGCCUUCAAGCAGGUGGCCAUCCUCCUGACCGACGGCCGCAGCCAGGACCUGGUGCUGGACGCCGCGGCCACCGCGCACCGCGCGGGCAUCCGCAUCUUCGCCGUGGGCGUCGGGGCGGCGCUCAGGGAGGAGCUGGAGGAGAUCGCCUCGGAGCCCAAGUCUGCCCACGUCUUCCACGUGUCCGACUUCGACGCCAUCGACAAGAUCCGUGGCAAGCUGAGGCGCCGCCUGUGUGAAAACGUGCUGUGCCCCAGCGUCCGUGUGGAAGGAGACCGCUUUAAGCACAUCAACGGUGGAAGCAAGGAAAUCACAGGUUUUGACCUGAUGGAUUCAUUCAGGGUGAAGGAGAUCCUGGGGAGGAGAGACAACGGGGUGCAGAGCUCCUAUGUCCGGAUGGGAUCCUUCCCUGUGGUACAGAGGACAGAGGAUGUGUUCCCUCAAGGCUUGCCUGAUGAAUACGCCUUUGUCACCACCUUCCGGUUCAGGAAAACAUCUCGGAAAGAAGAUUGGUACAUCUGGCAGGUCAUCGACCAGUAUGGGAUCCCGCAGGUCUCCAUCCGCCUGGACGGCGAGAACAAGGCAGUCGAGUAUGACGCCGUGGGUGCCAUGAAGGACGCCGUCAGGGUGGUCUUCCGAGGCCCCCGGGUGGGUGACCUCUUUGACCGGGACUGGCACAAGGUGGCCCUGAGCAUCCAGGCCCAGAACGUCUCCCUGUACGUCGACUGUGCGCUGGUGCAGACGCUGCCCAUCGAGGAGAGGGAGAACAUCGACAUCCAGGGGAAGACCGUGAUCGGCAAGCGCCUCUACGACAGCGUGCCCAUCGAUUUCGACCUGCAGCGGAUUGUGAUUUACUGUGACUCCCGACACGCAGAAUUGGAGACUUGCUGCGAUAUCCCCCUGGGCCCGUGCCAAGUGACCGUGCUGACGGAGCCUUCACCGCCGCCCCCGCGGCCUCCCACGCCCGGCAGUGAACAGAUCGGGUUUUUGAAGACCAUCAACUGCUCCUGCCCGGCUGGAGAAAAGGGUGAAAAGGGCUCUGAUGGCCCCGUGGGACUCCCUGGCCCAAAGGGAGACAUGGGAGCCACUGGGUUGCUCGGAGCUCCUGGACCCAAGGGAGAAAAAGGCGACAUGGGCAGAGGACCUUUUUUCCCAGGAGAGAAGGGUGAAAAGGGUUCCCUGGGCCCGCCUGGUCCCCCUGGGAGAGACGGCAGCAAAGGCAUGCGGGGGGAGCCAGGAGAGCCAGGAGAGCCAGGGCUGCCCGGCGAGGUGGGCAUGCGGGGAUUCCAAGGACCACCUGGACUCCCCGGGCCUCCUGGACACGUUGGAGCUCCUGGUCUCCAAGGAGAACGGGGUGAAAAGGGAGCCCGAGGAGAAAAGGGGGAGCGAGGCCUGGAUGGAUUCCCCGGGAAGCGUGGAGAGACAGGAGAGCAGGGAAGACCUGGCCCUCCUGGUGUGGCAGGACCCCAGGGACAGAAGGGUGACGUGGGGCCUGCAGGUCCUCCUGGUGUCCCGGGCUCUGUGGUGCAGAGAGAGGGUCUGAAGGGCGAGCAGGGAGCUCCAGGACCACGGGGUCACCAGGGCCCACCUGGGCCACCAGGAGCUCCGGGCCUGAUGGGUCCUGAAGGCAAGGAUGGACCCCCUGGUUUGCAAGGUCUCCGGGGGAAGAAAGGUGAAGUGGGCCCGCCGGGAACCCCUGGACUGCUGGGGCCACAGGGCCCACCAGGACCGCCUGGCAUCCCAGGCCCCCCCGGACCCGGAGGACCCCCGGGUUUACCUGGAGAGAUCGGCUUCCCGGGAAAACCCGGGCACCCCGGGCCGACGGGCACACCUGGAAAGGAUGGGCAGGAUGGAGCACCAGGCCUGCCAGGACCCAAGGGCCAGCCAGGAGACAGAGGAGAAGACGGUCUGCCUGGAAAACCCGGCCUUAGGGGUGAAGUUGGGGAGCAAGGCCUGGCAGGCCGACCUGGAGAGAAGGGAGCAGCGGGGCUCCCAGGGGCUCCCGGAUUCCCAGGCGUGAGGGGAGAGAAAGGAGAGCAGGGAGAGAAAGGUGGGCUGGGCCUCCCGGGAGUGAAAGGUGACCCAGGUGAAAAGGGUGAAGCUGGUCCCGCAGGCCCCCCUGGAUUACCUGGCACUACAUCCCUCUUCACACCGCACCCAAGAAUGCCAGGAGAGCAAGGGCCCAAAGGAGAGAAGGGUGAUCCUGGCGUGCCUGGGGAACCGGGAUUGCAGGGCCAUCCCGGAGAACUGGGGCCUCAGGGACCCACUGGAGCGCCGGGUGCCAAAGGACAGGAAGGCCCACGCGGCGCACCCGGAUCAACUGGAAACCCCGGCGCUCCUGGAACUGUAGGCCCCCCUGGUGCCAGCGGCCCCCCGGGAAGUGUGGGCCCCCCUGGCAUCAGAGGCCCCCCUGGGAAAGAUGGAGAGCAUGGAGAGAAGGGGGCGACAGGUGAAGAAGGGAGUCCAGGGCCAGCUGGUCCCAGGGGUGAUCCCGGGGCUCCUGGGCUCCCGGGGACCCCCGGACAGGGAAAAGACGGAGAGCCGGGGCUCCGUGGGCCACCUGGAUUACCUGGGCCUCUAGGAAUCAAGGGGGACCGAGGUGCACCUGGGAUCCCUGGCUCUCCUGGCAACCGUGGCGACCCAGGCAUCGGAGUAGCUGGCCCUCCUGGCCCUUCUGGACCACCAGGAGACAAAGGGCCCCCGGGAUCCCGAGGCUUACCCGGAUUCCCCGGCCCCCAGGGACCAGCUGGCCAGGAUGGUGUACCAGGAAAUCCGGGAGAAAGAGGGCCUCCUGGCAAGCCUGGUCCCUCCUCACUGCUGUCUCCAGGGGACAUAAAUCUCUUGGUUAAGGAUGUGUGCAAUGACUGCCCUCCAGGACCCCCGGGCCUCCCUGGCCUCCCAGGUUUUAAAGGGGACAAAGGUCUCCCAGGAAAGCCAGGGAGAGAAGGCACAGAAGGCAAAAAAGGAGAUGCUGGGCCCAGGGGCCUCCCAGGGCCUCCAGGAAUAGCUGGGCCACAGGGAAGUAAAGGGGAGCGUGGUGCAGAUGGUGAAAUUGGACAGAAGGGUGACCAGGGCCAUCCUGGAGUUCCCGGUUUCAUGGGGCCCCCAGGGAACCCUGGGCCACGGGGAGCAGAUGGAAUUGCCGGAGCUGCUGGCCCUCCAGGGAUCCAAGGGCCGCAGGGGAAAGAAGGUCCUCCUGGUCCCCAAGGCCCAUUUGGAUUACCAGGAAUCCCAGGAGAAGAAGGCAAAGAGGGCAGAGAUGGAAAACCAGGUCCCCCCGGCGAGCCGGGCAAAAUGGGAGAGCCAGGUCUGCCAGGACUGGAGGGAGCCCGAGGCCCGCCUGGCUUCAAGGGACACAUGGGUGACCCUGGCGCACCUGGUCCCCGGGGAGAGCCUGGUGCCAUGGGGCCCCCUGGCCGAGAAGGGUCCCCGGGAAAAGACGGCGACACUGGACCCACAGGGCCCCAGGGCCCCCAAGGACUGAGGGGCCCACCGGGUAAGAACGGAUCGCCGGGAUCUCCGGGAGACCCUGGUCCUGCAGGAAGUCCUGGCCAGAAGGGAAACAAAGGAGACCAUGGCAGCCCGGGACUCCCUGGCUUUCUGGGCCCUCGGGGGCCUCAGGGCGAGCCCGGAGACAAGGGAGCCCCGGGCAAGGAGGGCAUCCCUGGGAAGCCCGGAGAGCCAGGACCCAAAGGAGACAGGGGAGAUCCCGGGAACAGAGGUGACAAAGGACCUCCCGGUGGGAAGGGCCAGCCGGGCGACCCUGGAAUCCCUGGUCACAAAGGCCUCACGGGCCUGAUGGGCCCCCAAGGACCGCCCGGGGAGAAUGGAGUGGCCGGGCCCCCAGGGCCUCCGGGCCAGCCAGGAUUUCCAGGACUCAGGGGGGAGUCCCCCUCCGUGGACACGCUGCGACGGCUCAUCCAAGAGGAGCUUGAGAAACAGCUGGAAACCAGACUCGCCUACCUCCUGGCCCAGAGGCCGCCGGUGCACAUGAAGUCAUCCCAAGGCCGACCCGGGCCCCCGGGGCCCCCGGGAAAAGAUGGGCUUCCAGGCCGAGCAGGCCCCGUGGGGGAGCCAGGACGGCCCGGGCAGGGGGGUCUGGAAGGACCCUCUGGACCCAUGGGUCCCAAAGGUGAGCGAGGAGCCAAAGGAGACCCAGGUGCGCCUGGAGUGGGCCUCCGGGGCGAGAUGGGCCCGCCCGGCGUCCCAGGUCAACCCGGGGAACCUGGCUAUGCUAAAGACGGGCUCCCCGGGGCUCCCGGCCCUCAAGGGGAGACCGGACCAGCAGGACACCCUGGCCCCCCGGGACCGCCCGGGCCCCCUGGCCAGUGCGACCCCUCCCAGUGUGCCUACUUUGCCAGCCUCGCUGCACGGCCCAGUAACGUGAAGGGCCCCUAGAAGAUUCCAGAAUGCCGGGAGGCCAGCGGUGGAUUUCUGAAACUUGAACUCAGAGCCUGAUAAGAAGCCAGAGGUCUUGAAACAUUGCAGCCAUGUGUGUGUGUGUGUUUUUGUUUUUGUUUUUGUUUUUCGCUUUUAUCAUUUGUGUUUGUCUUAUUUUCCUGAGAGACCUCCACAUCAUUAAAACCAACAGAUGCUGCCGGUCGGUCAGAUUAUUAUUAAUAAUAUUAUUAUUAUUGUUUAUUAUCGCUAUUAUUGUUAUUAUUGUUAUUAUCUCAUAUAAUAAGGCUCCGACAGUUUCCCCCUCUUGUCCGAAGCUGGGAGAACUUGAUCGUGGGGCAGUGGGCUGUUUCUGGGUUCUUCUGACAGCCCCCCUGUGACGAGCAGCUGCCCAUUUUAAGGAAACUCUUGGUGCUAUGAAACCCCUGACCAGACACUCGCCGGAUUUACCUCUUUCCUCAAAAGGAAACUAAGAAGAUGAGGCGAUGGGUUUCUGUCCCUGGCCAGGCUCAGAGGGCGCCGCUUCCCAGGAGGGACAGGCGAGGCAGGAAGGGAAGGAAGGUGCAGACAUGAAGACUGGCCUCAGCUCCCGAUGCAGAGCGCAGGUGCAGCGCACAGAAGCGGUCCUCGGGGAGCACUCAGCCACCUCACCGCCCCAGGUCCCGGAUGUGAAGUCACGGCACUUGAGUUGACACGGCUUCGUGCGAUGCUGCGUCCGGCCCGAGACAGAGAGGCUGGUGCGGAGGAAGCGUGUUACCUUGGCUCCUGAGCCUUGGAUAGGACUCCUUCUAGCCCCUCGCUGUUGGUGUCACUUUAAUGGUGAAAUAAAGGGGGUCCGACGACCACUGUCGCAUUUUCCUGAUGGUGGGCAGUUGGCCAGGGUACGGGCCGGGGGUGCUAGGAGCUCUGUGCCUCCAGGAUCCUGCCUUGGAAAUAAAGUGCAUGGAGUAUAUGUGUGUACCUGACAUGCCCACACAAGCAGGUGCUCAAUA